AUGGCAGAAGUCACAGCAGCAGCAGCCGUAACAUUGGAGACCCCGCCAUGGUGGGCGGCGUUUCCUGCUCCCAAGGCCAAGUCGCCGGAAAUCGAAGCAGAUGAGGUGAUGGGGUUGCUUGAGGCUCAAGAUGCCGCAGGCAACGACACACCUCGAGAUUUCCUGCUCGUCGAUGUGCGCCGGCACGACUUUGAAGGCGGCACCAUCUCAACGUCGAUUAAUUUUCCCGCCCAGUCCCUUUAUCAGACAAGACCAAUCAUUCAUCAGCUAUGCAAACAAGCCGGUAUCAAGCGUGUUGUAUUUUACUGCGGAAGCAGCAGUGGCCGUGGUCCCCGAUCAGCGAACUGGCUGCAGGACUAUUUUGACGAGAUUGGCGAAACUUCUGUGCAGGCCGUCAUUCUCAAAGGCGGCAUCAAGGGCUGGGUUCGUAGGUAUGGCAGCCACAUGAUGGACUGGUAUGACGAGAAGGCCUGGGCCGGUCUCGACAAAUAG